AUGAAGGCUCUAAGCCGGUUGGCGCAUGUUCCUUGGCUUCGCCGCAUUUACACCGCCUUGGCUAUCUUGAUCCCUCUGUUAGGGCUUCUGUAUGUCCCUUCGGUGGCUUGCUUUACGCUGUACUGCAUUGCGCUUCUGGCCGCCUUCGAGCACGUGAAACUCCGCAACGCGGCCCUCCAGCGGCUCGAGGAUUGGUGCACUAGGGCCCACAGAAAGCUGCAUGCAGAGGCGUCUGCGGAGAGGCAACACACAGCGAGCGAGGGCACUCAUGGCAACUGCACACAAGGGAUGCAGACAGAAUUCCAUGGCUUUUCAAGACACGCUUAUGCUUCAUGGCUGGUGUGCAGGUCUCAUGAGGCUCUGCUCUACGCAUGGGCGUCCGCUGGUUUUGAUUUGUAUUUUUUGUGCCACUUUGCGGUGCCGCUCGCAAUGGGAAGCUUCGUCCUGCGCCGCAACGCGGGGUUGCCCCUAGCGGCCUCCCUCAUCGCGAUCUCUGCUGCGGGAGACACGGGGGCCUUGUUUUGCGGCUCUGCCUUUGGCCAUCGCCGCAUCAUCAAGCGAUUGUCUCCGAAUAAAACUUUGGCAGGAGUCAUUGGGUCUUUGCUCUUCAGCUGGCUAACAGCGGCACUGUUGUGGCAUUUGGCGCAGUCUUAUCCCGCCCUUAGCGUGCGGGCGCUUCCCUUAGAGGAUUACUUGACCAUCGGCGCUUUGACAAGCGUUAUGGGCUUUUUGGGAGACUUGGUGGAGAGUGCCUACAAGCGCUGUGCUGGCGUGAAGGACUCGAGCUCGAUCUUUGGUCCUCAUGGGGGGAUGCUUGACCGCCUGGACUCGCUGGUUCUGCCUAUCCCGGCGCUCCUGCUGGUACUCGCUCUACGCGGCCAUCUCUAG